GCAGAGGCGAGUAGGCGGCCCGGUUGGUUCCCGGCGGAGGAGCAGAGGGGUCGGGAACUGCGAAGGGGACGGUAGCAGAAGGCAGGAUUCCCGGCUGGUCGCCGCAUCGAGCACGGAGGUGAGCGCCGCCACCAUGGAGGUCGAGAUGCCACAGAACCUGAUAGACAUUCUCUGGAGGCAAGAUAUAGAUCUUGGAGUAAGGCGUGAAGUUUUUGAUUUCAGUCAGAGGCAGAAGGAAUAUGAGCUUGAGAAGCAGAAGAAACUUGAAAGUGAGAGACAAGAACAGCUCCAGAAGGAUCAAGAAAAAGCUUUUCUAGCUCAACUGCAGUUGGAUGAAGAAACUGGCGAAGUUCUUCCUAUACAGCCCGCUGAAGCCAUUGAGUCAAGAAACACAGAUAUAUCCAGUAACUAUCCACAGAGUACCCACAUUUCCAGACAAGAUGCAGAUGACUUGUUCUUCAAUGACUGUAUGCAGCUCUUGGCAGAGACAUUCUCCUUUGUGGACGAAAAUGAGAUUCCCUCGGUUGAAUUUCAACAAGUGGUACCAUGCAAGACUGAGAGCAGCCAAGAUUUUGUUGAUUCUAAUCCAGUGCGGUCACAUGAUUCCUCCGGCCUUCAGUCUUCCAUUCCAGAGUCGGCUGAUGAUGAUGGCUUGCAAGUUAUAGAACAAGUCUGGAAAGAACUGUUUUCUAUUCCAGAGCUACAGUGUCUUAACAUUCAAAAUGACAGUUUGGCUGAUGUAACCACAACCACGUGCUCUGACAACCCAGCACCGGAGGCAGAUGUGAACUUUGCUUUUUACAACGCGCUGCCUGCCGUGGAGAAAGAAGUUGCCGGCUGCAGCCUAGAGUUCCUGAACAAUUUGGAGCCUUCGUACCCUGGCAGUGCACUGCCUGGUGAUCUCAAGCAAGAUAUCUCUUCACCUGCAAGCAUGGACUUUGCUGAGGAUUUCUACUCUUUCGUUGAUAUCAAGAUGAGCAGUGACAUGUCCCUCACACCGCCGCCGCCGCCGCCAUCGUUCGUGAACCCAGUCUCGGCUGGCUUUUUAAACGAGUCAAUUGAACUUUCUGAUUUUGCUCUGUGCAAAGCUUUUAACCGUGACCUGGCAGGGAACGCACUGGAAUGCAGCGAUUUGGACUCCGGCAUUUCGCUCAACGCAAGUCCCAGCACAACCGCUUCGCCUCAUUCUGACGGGUCGUCUUCCAUCUACAGAGACACAGGCUUUGGCUACAGUGAUUCCGAAAUGGAAGAGAUGGAUAGCACCCCUGGCAGUGUUCAAGGAAGUGAUGCUAGAACGCAUUCCUUUCAGUUGCACCCGCAAGCCUCUCUGUUUCUCGAGCAAAAUACGCAGAAGCCGGACCUGCAACUUUCAGACACGCCCCCAAAGGAACUGCCCACAAACCCAGGACACCCUGAGUCUCCAUUCAUGAAAGACAAACAGAACAGCCAGCCCAACGCUCAUCUCACAAGAGACGAGCUCAGAGCGAAGGCUCUGCACAUCUCGUUCCCCGUCGAGACGAUCAUCAACCUCCCGGUGGACGACUUCAACGAAAUGAUGGCCAAGGAGCAGUUCAGCGAGGCGCAGCUGACUCUGAUCCGGGACAUCCGCAGGCGAGGCAAGAACAAGGUCGCUGCGCAGAACUGCCGGAAAAGGAAGCUGGAGAACAUAGCGGAGCUGGAGCACGACUUGGAUGAUCUGAAGGACGAGAGGGAAAAGCUCCUGAAAGAGAAAGGGGCGAACGACCAAAGCUUGCGCCUGCUGAAGAAACAGCUGAGCACCCUGUAUCUCGAGGUCUUCGGCAUGCUCCGGGACGAAGAUGGCAAGCCGUACUCGCCGAGCGAUUAUUCGCUGCAGCAGACCAGAGAUGGAGACAUUUUCCUUGUCCCUAAGAUCAAGAAGCCAGAGACUAAAUGACGGGGAUCAGGAAGGCUUGUGUUUGCAGAGCUGCACUUAUAGUUAACCCUUUCCGCAAUGCAAAAACGUGUCCUAUUUUCAAGCGACUUAACACUGUUCUAAGCAUAUAUACACCCUCAGCCUUGACUCUGGCAAGUAUUUGGAUGGGAGACCUCCAAAGAACACCGGGGGCGUGCCGCGGAGGCAGGCAAUGCCAAACCGCCUUUGAACGUCUCUUGCUUUGAAAACCACACCUGAGGUUUCCAUGUCGGCUGCAACUUGACGGCACUUUACGUAUAUACAAGUAUACUUAAAAAUCAUUAGGUUAAAAAGAAUGUAUGCGCAAUGGGUAUCGCUUUUACAAAAACUUUAGUUCCUCCCUUUAUAUAUAGCAGCAGAUUGACUAAUUUGUUUCUGUGUAAAUAUUUCAGGACUUAUUUAUAUGCUUUUAUUGUUUUACUGAACUGUGUAUCCAGCAUGAUGAUCUCAUUUAGGCGGGGAUCAGUCUUGCAUUUGCAAGUUGCACUUGCAUUUCAUAACUAUAAAUGGAACAUUUGCUGUUUCUUAGAUUUUUACUUGCUUUGCUUCAUUAAGAAUACACACAUAAUAAAGGAAUACAAUUGGGGUGCCAAACAGCCAAGUUCAGUACCCUAAAGUCUCUUCAAUUUUAAUGGAAGAGUUAAGCAUCACUGAAGCCUUUGAAGCGCUUAUCCUUAGCUGCAUUGCACCCUUAAUUUUAAAAGUAUAAACAUGCUUUGCAUAUGAAUAUAUGCUAAUCUUUUGACUUUGGACUUAUUUACCCUCUGUGUGUGUGUGUGUGUGUGUGAUUUUCAUAUUGAUUACAAUCAGGGAAGUACAAUUCUGUCACAAUCUUUGCAAAAGAACAGAAUGUGCAAUUGGGUACAGUUGAGAAUUUCUACUUUUGUAAUGUGCUUGAAAGUUUGUAGAAUCUGUGGAAAUCAAAACAAGCCAGAGGUGGCGGCGGGGUAAGAGUCCAAGAUUUGGAGCUCUACUCAUGAUUAAAAUGACAGCCACCAAAAUGGGACAGUCUUCUGAUCGGCUCAGUUGCAUUAAUGCAGUUCACGGCAUGCAGGCUUUCUUGAAUAAGGACACUUAAAUAGUUGACUAGACACUUAUUUUUUAAACCAGAACAAUUGUAUCGACUUCUACAUUGUAUUAUGCAGUAUACUUCUUCCGAUUUUUUUAGUCUAUAGACUUGAUCUGUUAUAUUAAAAAAAUGGCCUUCUGUACGUUGAACAUAGUUUGUAUAAACGAACACAACAGGAAAUAAACAGGGACAUCUAAACCCAUUUAAGUAUGGCGUUUUCAGGAUUCAUUCACUUUUAAAAUUUAAUGGUCUCAAAAACAUACAGAAUUAAGUCCCACUGAUUUCACUGGAACUACAUUCCUAUGCAACUGCGGAAGACACUGUAAUCAGAUACUUUGACUUUUGGAUGCUGAUAUUAAACAGAUUGCAUUUA